GUGCACAUCCGGCGGCUGCCCGGUACUUCAUAAAGCCGCUCUCGCCACUGGCUGUCGCCGCGGGUUGCCUCCGCAGCAGCUCUGGGUUCUUCUCAGCUGCGGGAGCCGCUGCUCCAAUGCCCCAGAGUGGCCAUGGGCGCCCCGCACUGGUGGGACCAGCUGCAGGCUGGCAGCUCGGAGGUGGACUGGUGCGAGGACAACUACACCAUCGUGCCUGCUAUCGCCGAGUUCUACAACACGAUCAGCAAUGUCUUAUUUUUCAUUUUACCGCCCAUCUGCAUGUGCUUGUUUCGUCAGUAUGCAACAUGCUUCAACAGCGGCAUCUACUUAAUCUGGACUCUUUUGGUUGUAGUGGGAAUUGGAUCCGUCUACUUCCAUGCAACCCUUAGUUUCCUGGGUCAGAUGCUUGAUGAACUUGCAAUCCUUUGGGUUCUGAUGUGUGCUUUGGCCAUGUGGUUCCCCAGAAGGUAUCUACCAAAGAUCUUUCGGAAUGACCGGGGUAGGUUCAAGGUGGUGGUCUGUGUCCUGUCUGCGGUUACGACGUGCCUGGCAUUUGUCAAGCCCGCCAUCAACAACAUCUCUCUGAUGACCCUGGGAGUUCCUUGCACUGCACUGCUCAUCGCAGAGCUAAAGAGGUGUGACAACGUGCGUGUGUUUAAGCUGGGCCUCUUCUCAGGCCUCUGGUGGACCCUGGCCCUGUUCUGCUGGAUCAGUGACCGAGCUUUCUGCGAGCUGCUGUCAUCCUUCAACUUCCCCUACCUGCACUGCGUGUGGCACAUCCUCAUCUGCCUUGCUGCCUACCUGGGCUGUGUAUGCUUUGCCUACUUUGAUGCUGCCUCAGAGAUUCCUGAGCAAGGCCCUGUCAUCAAGUUCUGGCCCAGCGAGAAAUGGGCUUUCAUUGGUGUCCCCUAUGUGUCCCUCCUGUGUGCCAACAAGAAAUCAUCAGUCAAGAUCACGUGAUGGCAAGGUGGUGGCUGGCUUCUCUGCUUAUCGCCCCUCAUGCAGUGGGCUUCCUUUGCUAGGAAGACAGCCAAGGGAGUCUUCCCCAAUAGUUGGGGUAUGGGCUAUCUUUUCAAAAAUCUAUUUGCUGGGGCUCUCACUAAUGUGUCUGUGGACCACCGGGAUUCCACUGUGCAAGGGGAAAAGUGUCUAUUCCUUUCCCAAAGACAGAAAAUGGAGGGCUUAGGGACACUACAUGCAUCUUUCUCAGCAUCACUUCCAGAUGCAGUGACUUGUUGGGCUGCGUCCUUAAUGGCCACGGCAGAGCAGUCUCUUGGGGGAUCCAGCCCUGUACAAUGCGUCUCUUCCUGGAGAAAGCUGGCCUGCUCCAGACCCCACCAUUCCCAGGUGCCCUUGGAGUGGACUCUACUGAUGACAGACAGACCCUCUGACAGACAAGACCCUCUGACUCUGUGAUGGAAGAUGCCAGAGAUUUUCCUUUAGGGUAAUUGUCCUUAAACAAAACCAAACAGAUGAAACACACAGGACUUGUGGCUAAAAAGGCUAGUUUUUCACUUGCAUUUCUCAACUAACCCAGGUUUUACAUGCAUCUGUGAAUCCUUUUACUACUACCUCUGUGGAGAGAUGGAGAGACUUCAGAUAAACGUGAAGCUAAUGAGUAAAACCCUCUCUGCCAAAACUUACACUCCACUUUGGGCCAUUCUUGAAGAUGAGCACAAUUUUUAAAUACUGACAUCACUUCUGCUUCCCCUCCCACCCCAGCUCAGCAGCCUCAAAUCCACAGAGAAGAAGAAUUAUGGCAUGAACAUUCCCACAGACCCACCAUUUUUAAGACUUGACCUCCGUAAGUUUACCAAAGGGCUCCUCACAAUUGUGGUGGGGGUUCUGGUUCAAAAUUAGGAGCAAACAUGAAGUUUUUGGAAACUUUUUCUCCUUUGAAGCCUCCAGUAUGCUUUACUAUUCUGGAAAUUACCUUCAAGAGUCUCACUUCUUGUUUCUCUUGUGUUUUCUGUGGGCAUCAUGCUCUUCACUCUUGCAGUAGAAGGUGCUUUCUGGGUUUCCCAGAGUAUCCAACGGCUCACUUUUCUCAAGUGCUGCAGUAAUUAUGCACUCACGGGCUGGUUUGGGUUGCUGGUGCAGCAGCACAAAUCUGUUGCCUUCUGAAUUUUUCUCACCUAAUGUGACACUGGCUACAAUGAAUCUUCUCUUCAUCAGGCGAAAUGAAAGAUUCAAGAACCGUCUUCAAGGUGCAUGGUGGGAAUUAUCAACCUCAGGGAUACUCAUUUUAACUCAGGCGUGUCCUGCUUUGUUAACAUUCCAUUGUUGGGAGAGGGCAGAACAGGUGUGUUCUUCUGUGGGCAGGAGUCAUGUCACUGUCCUACAUAUGUAAGAGUUGGGAAGGUGACGAUUUUUGACACAUCCAGGAACUCUUACUCUAGUUAGAAUUUGUACAAGAUCCAAGGUGAAAACCCCAAUAAGCAACUGAAUUUAGAGUUUAAAAAUGAAUGACUUUAUGCUACAUCUGUGGUUAUCAAAUUAUAUAGGUUGUUCAGGAGCAGAACACUGUUUGUAGUAAGAAAUCUUUGUGGAACCCCAGUGUGUGAAGUAAAUUGUAUUUUAUUAACUUAAAUUUAUUUAAGGUUAAAUUUAUGGCAUUUAAUAAUAUAUGAGGUGGUGAAAAUGCAGAUUAACAAAUUGGUAAUUUCAAAGGUAGAAAAAUUAGGUGUUGAAUGAAUGUAUAUGUUCCUUUAUUAUAGUUUUAUAUAUAUAUAGUGAGAGUGUUUUGCUUUUGAGUCAGGGUCUUGCUCUAUCACCCAGGCUGGAGUGCAGUGGUGCAAUCAUGACUCACUGUAGCCUCUGUCUCCCAGGCUCAAGCGAUCCUCCCACCUCAGCCUCCCCAGGAGCUGGGACUACUGCUGCAUGCCUCCACUCCCAGCUAAUUUUUGUAUUUUUUCAUAGAGAUGGGGUUUCACCACGUUGCCCAGGCUGGUCUCAAACUUCUGGGCUCAAGAGAUCCACCCACCUCGGCCUCCCAAAGUGCUGGGUAUAGGCAUGAGCCAUCAUGCCUGGCCUAAAAAAUAUUUUUAAAAUGAUCUUUGAAUUAAAUAUUCGUGGAACUUCUAAUGUACCUCUUUGAGACCUAGGUGGUUGAUGGAACAGAACUGCUGUUAAGUCCUUUGGGUUUCAAGUCUAGAAUUUUUUAAAGGCAAAUAUCAGAUCAUUCUUAUUUUAGAUUGACCUUAUCAGGCAUGGAUUCUGGUCUUAUCUACUUUAUGGUAUAAAUGCUCCAAGGUAGGGGGUUUGGUGUAUAUUUUUAAGCCCAGCUUUUUUUUUUUUUUUUUUUUUUUUUUUACGUGAGAAGCAGAAUGUGCUUCUAGAAACUGGUUUUAAAGAGAUGAGCUGAGAAAGAAAUGUGGAAUGGAGUAUAUUUGAGGAGGACAAAACAUAACUUCACUUUUGAACAGAAAUCACUCUAGCUUGCCAGCAUGGGAUGUAAACCAAGAGAGUAGAAAUAUAGCCAUCUUAUUUUAAGUUGGGUUUAUGGCAUCACUCAUUUAUGUAAAAGCACUACAAACUCUUUAAAGAAAAUUGGGAAACUACAGAAAAGUCAAAGAAAAAAAAAGUAACCCGUAUUUCUAUUGCCCAGGUAUAAUCCUUGUUAAUAUUUUGGUUUAGUCCCCUCUUUUUUCCCCCAAUAUAGUUGUAAAUAAAUGAUGUCUUUCAGAGUUGACAUUUAUCUUGUAGCUUGAAUGGCAUGUAAAUGCCAGUUGUAUAUUUUUUCAUGAAGUGUGGGUUUGGAAUACACUAGAGUUAGCUAUAGGCUUGAAUGCUGAUCAUUGGAUUCUGAGACUGACUACUGAGUCUACCGUUUCAAUCAAGCCUGACGUGAAUGGGCCCCAAAAAGUAAUGAAUGUAAUUCUACUUUUUGAUGUGCCUCUGCAUUUGGCUUGCUGAGUCAUCAUAAAUAGCUGUUACAUAUGUGACUUUACAGAUUUUGGUAUGUUCAGAUUGUAAAAAAUGAAUAGUUUAUUUCAUUAAUUGAUGAGCAGUCAAGAAUCUCCCUCCCUUCAGUAGGGCUGACACUUAGGAGUUAGGUCAUGGUUGUGGUUACUUGGCAUGGCUAAUCAGAUUUUGUUCUGGUCAGAAUUUGCCCAAGAUCAAUACCCAGCAGAAACCGGAGUUAGGCUAUAAAAAACCAUCCAUGUUUCUGAGUGAUGAUUUCAGUCAGUGAUUCAUGUUUUACAGUGUUUAGUUGUUGAUUAUUAGAAAAAGUAAUAUUUUCUUCCCUUUAUGAUUACAUCGUUAUAAAUCAAGUCCUUCCGUGAACACAUUUAAGGUGUGUGGAGAUGAGAUGUCUGAAUCCAUUUGGGGAUGGGCUGCAUUUUUGGGGAACUCUAUGCCUGUCCAGUGAAGAGUACCUAAAACAUUAAUUAUAGAUCAAAGAUGUUCUGUUGAGGGACAAAGCUUGAUGGUCAUCAAACACAAGGCUUUGUAAAAAUACGACCACCUAUUCCACUUACUGGAUCUCUCAGGUGUGUAAAACUUCUCUCGCCAGUUCAUCAUGCUUCCAUGAGCCCCCAGGACUGGGAUUUGAGCCUUUCUGGCUCUAUAUCCCUUGGGGCGAACAUGGAACCAUCUCUGAGGGACAGGUGGAUGCUGAAUCUCACCCGGUCAGGGCCCCUCUCCUAGCUCCUUUUACGCUGAAAUUAAUCUGAGAGCUUUCAUAGCCAAGGCUUUGCCUAGGUGCUGUUAUUCCAGCUGGCCAAAGAGAAGUCUUGGGCCAGAUUGGGAUUCUCAAUGGAUUUUAUAGACAUAAUUCCCCUGCAAACUUAAAAAAAAAGUGACCCCUACUUUAUAGGACUCAUUGUUUGAAUUGUAUCUUUCUCUGUAUGUUAAACCAGAUUUAAAACUAUUUUAUAAUCACAAUAUGUAAUCAGAGCAAUAUAGUAUUUUCAGAUAUAUACCUUGUUUUAUACCUUAUGUAGGUGUCCUAUAUGAGGGUGGCAUGCCCACUGGCUGUGGUAAAAUUUAAUCCUCAUUGCUUUGGGAGUGACUUAAGGCCUAUUGAAGUGGAGCUUUUGCACUUUAUACUUUUUCUGUGAACUAUGAUAACUAUAUUUGAUAUUAAAGCUGUAAGUGGCAUUUUCAGCAAAUGAAUAUGUACAUGUUUGUGUCUAUUUCCAAAAUGAUUUCUGAACUAUCUGCAGUGAAAAUGUAUCUGAUGGAUUGUAGAGCAAAGCACAUUGCCUAAAUUCAUUUGUUAAUGAAUUGGGUACCAUUGUUAUUAAAAAUGCAUAAAAUAA